CUCUCAUUUGCAAAUCUAAAGACUUCUGUUUUAGUGAGAGAAACAUAGAUAGAGAGAAAAAUAUGACAAUUAUCACAGAAGAGCUGAAAGCCAAGGCAGAGGUUUACCUAGGAGAUGAGAUAUGCCAGGUAAAGUCCAAGUUCCUGCUUCAAGAAGUAGGCCUGCCAAGAGGGCUCCUGCCAUUGAAGGACAUCAUAGAGUGUGGUUAUGUUGAAGAGACUGGCUUUGUGUGGCUCAAACAAAAGAAGAAGAUAGAACACUACUAUGAAAAGAUAGGAAAACUGGUAUCUUAUGCAACUGAGAUCACUGCCUAUGUAGAGAAAAAUAAGAUCAAGAACCUUACUGGAGUUAAGGCUAAGGAACUCUUGAUUUGGAUCACUAUUAGUGAGAUCACUGGCGACGACUCACCAAAGAUGACAUUCAAGACCCCGGCUGGCCUGUUUAGGACUUUCCCGAGGGUGGCCUUUGAGCUCGAGGAGGACCUGAAGAAGGAGCAAAAUUGAAUGGUUAGACAUAAAAUAGAUGAUGAAGCCAUUGCUAUCUGGUCGGCGUCAUGGUUGAUUACUUGUUCUUCCGGUACUAUUAGCAGUAGAAUUUCAUCUCAUACUUUGUUACAUGUCAUGCUUUCCUAAGUUGAACUUUGUUGGUUUCUCCACUGUCUUUGGCUUUCAAAACCUGCAUCCUGGGAAGUUAAGAUCUAUGACACUAGUGUAUCAGUUUGAAACCA